UGAUUGUUGAAGAUGUUUGAAAGCUGCUUACUUGAGGAAAGAAAUACAUUAAGAAUAUAAAAAAGAAGUUGAAGUUGCAAAAAACAUCUUGAUUUUUCAACCCUUGUCAUUGAAUACCUUUGUCAUCCUAACACGCCAGAAAUGUUGUAUCACUUUCGAUAUAUUUAUAAGCCCAACGAAGAAAUGUGGCUGCCUUGAUAGUGGUCACUCAGUUUGAAGUGGUUAGUCACAUGUUCAUUAUAGGUACUGAGAAACUGGGAAGUAGAUAAAAAUCACAACACGUUCUGUUGAAUUAUUUUCGUUUUAAUUGUUGACAUUCUUCACAAGAAAGGAAUAAAAAGCCCGAUACACGAGGACAGCCAGGUGUUGAUUGACGUGAAAUAAAAGAAAGUGGUUUUCUUCAAAUUUUGUCAUUUUCGUGUCAACUGUCGAGUAGAUCAUGAAAGGAAAGCGAGACUCGUUACGUGUGUGGCUUGAAAAAAAUUUGAAUGCAAACAAGAUCAGAGGUCUUGAAUGGAAAGAUGAAAGGAAAAAGAUUUUUAAGAUACGUUGGAAACAUGCAUCAAAACAUGGCUGGUCUUCAGAAUUAGAUGGAUGUGUAUUCAGAGAAUGGGCAAUUUAUUCAGGAAAAUUUAAACCUGGGGAAGAAGGUGCACAGGAGCAACCUAAAGUUUGGAAAGCCAACUUUAGGUGUGCUUUAAACGCUUUGCCUGACAUUCAGGAGAUAAUUUCUGAGAGAGAAACGCGUGGAAACGAAGCACAAAAAGUCUUCCACAUGAAACCACGAGAUAACAAGCAACGCCUUGGUAGAAGAAAUGUUUUAAGAUACUGCAAAAUUGGACGCUCGUCUAGUUAUCAAGGUCCUUGUUCGUAUGCCAAAUAUGUGCAUCAACCAAAUAUGUUUCAAGCUGACAAUAAGAAUGUUUGGUCUCAUCGACCGAUUUUUGGAAGAUCUGUUUCAGAAAAUCCUCCUCCUUUGCUACAGCUGUAUUGCUCUUCCAUCGAACGACCAACAGAUAAGGCUGCUCUUUCAAGCUACGUGAAAACUAUGAAAACAAACGAACCAGUUUUACCAGAGAACAAAAUAAUCGAUUUAAUUGAUUCUUGGUCAAACGAGUUAAAAGAACAGCAUUCACACGAUACUAGAUUUUUCCAUACUUCACAUAAGACAAAUCAAGUUGGUUAUACAAACACGGACAUUGAUGUUUAUCAUAAUCCAAAUAUGACCAUUGCUGGUCAGCAGACCUCUUCUAGAUCUUCAACAUCUCGUUAUUUUAUUGGUCAAAGCACUGUCGAUGAAUCUACACAAACAUGUGUAGAACACGUCACUCGUAUAUGACAGAAUAAUUUUAGUUAACGUGUGCGUAUUGUGCAUAUAUGCGACAACUAUGUUUAAUCAGUGCAAUGCAAAGUUGCAUGGCCACCAAGCUAGUAUUUUUAUAGCUAUGUUUAAUGGCUAUAAGCUUCGAAAAUUUUGUCCAUAGUCAAAAUCAUUUUCGUUAAAAAUUAAAUAACAUUUUGUUGAGUAAAGUUCUUUUCGUAUAGAAAGUUUUGUUUCAGUUGAUUUAUAACACCGUCCGUAAGAUGGACAUUUAGGAAAGCAAUUUUUGUCACGACAUUGUUAACACUUGAAAUGGUUGUUGCUCAUCAAAAUAAAAUAGUAAGUUUUUUUAUUUUGUUUUUUUCUUUCUCGAAGACUUAAUGGCAUUUUGUGGUUGAGAAUGACGAGUCAAUUUCAAAAAUUGACUUAUGAAGUUUUUAAUUUUCAGGUUUGGUAAUUUUUUCUACCAACUAUCACUAAUUAGAGUGGUGUUUUAAAAUUUAGAAAACAAUACUUCAAUAACAAAAUUUGAGAUGCGGACCUGGCUUUGUGAACUACCGGCAUGUGCCAUUAGAUAUAAGACUGUCUAUACCCGUUAGGAAUUUUUCGCUAACAUUAUUGUAUCAAAACUCGUUUUCUAACAUAUAACAGAUAUUGUCGUGACAUUUUUGACAUUGAUAGUGAAAAAUCAUCAAUUCAUUAAUUACCUAAUUUAUUUUUUGCAAUUUUUUUUAUAUUAUACAUGUAAUUGUGCGAAAAUACUUAUGGUACACUAUAAUCGGCAAUGUACUCCUUCGUUUAUUAAAGAUGUUCAAAUUUUUAUCAUACCAUCAUCCAACUAGAACGCAUAAAUACAUGUGUAACUUGAAGUAAACAAUAAAAAUAUUUAUCUGCA